AUGGCGGAGAAGCCAGAGGUGUUGGACGCCGUCCUCAAGGAGACUGUUGAUCUGGUUGGUUUCUCUCUCUCUCUCUCUCUCUCUCUCUCUCUCUCUCCGCUUUUUCCUCUUUCGUGGCGAGUGUUCUGUUGCUCUCUCUUCCGUUCCUCAAACCUUUCUCUGAUUCAUCUUCUGUGAUUCGGCAUCUUGAAAAUGAUUCUGGUGAAGACAUCCACCGGGACCUCCCUGGAUUAUCCGUAACCUGAACGGUGAAUUUGAUUUCUUCAGGAGAACAUACCCCUGGAGGAGGUGUUCGAGAACCUGAGAUGCAGCAGGGAGGGUCUCACUACUGCGGCGGCCGAGGAGCGGCUCGCUAUUUUCGGCCACAACAAGCUCGAGGAGAAGAAGGUCUCGGCAAGAAAACCCAUACUGGGUUGCGAUUUGUGCUCUCUGCUGGUUCAGAGUGCCAUCUCUCUUUCGGUCUCUUCUCGUCUCAUGUCGGUUCUUGUUCCGCUUCUGGCUUGCGGCUUGGUUUUCCCUGCAGGAGAGCAAAGUCUUGAAGUUUCUGGGUUUCAUGUGGAACCCUCUGUCUUGGGUCAUGGAGGCCGCGGCCAUCAUGGCCAUUGCUCUAGCAAACGGAGGGGUGAGCCCUCCAUCACAAUCCUUCCUCUCCUGUUUCAUGUUUACUUUAUUUUCUGAUCUCGCUUUCCCCUACAGGGCAAGCCACCGGACUGGCAAGAUUUUGUGGGCAUCAUAACUCUGCUCAUGAUCAACUCCACCAUCAGCUUCAUCGAGGAGAACAAUGCCGGCAAUGCUGCAGCAGCUCUCAUGGCCAGGCUUGCCCCCAAGGCUAAGGUACUUUCAGGAUGUCCAAUCCUUGGUGACGUGAAAUUUCUCGGGAAGCCUGUGUUUAAAGUCCAUGGAGACCUUGUUUGUUCUAUAGAUUCAUAUGCGCGAUAGAGAAUCUGACUUCAAUUCACCGAUGUAAACAGGUUCUUAGAGAUGGCCGAUGGAGCGAGGAGGACGCAGCAAUUCUGGUUCCCGGUGACAUAAUCAGCAUAAAGCUUGGCGACAUCAUCCCCGCAGAUGCCCGCCUUCUGGAUGGAGAUCCAUUGAAGAUCGACCAAGUUAGUGUUUCCUCUCUGGGUAUCCUACGGCAUGCAUCGGUUGGAAUAAAAUAUGAGUUCUGAGUGUGAUUAUUUUUUAAAAAAAUUGCAGUCGGCUCUUACCGGGGAGUCCCUUCCUGUGACCAAGGGCCCUGGGGAUGGCGUUUACUCUGGUUCUACAUGCAAGCAAGGAGAGAUCGAGGCAGUUGUCAUCGCCACAGGCGUUCAUACCUUCUUCGGGAAGGCUGCACACCUUGUGGACACCACCAACCAAGUUGGUCACUUUCAGAAGGCAGGGACGACUAACUCAUUUCUUAAUAUUUUCUCCUGUUCUUCUUCUUUCCUCGGUUGACGAUAUUCAUUACCCGCUGUUUUUCUUCUUUUUUUUUCCCUUCAACCCAGGUAUUGACGUCAAUUGGGAAUUUCUGUAUCUGUUCUAUUGCGGUGGGGAUGGUCAUAGAGAUCAUCGUCAUGUAUCCCAUCCAAGACCGUCCCUACCGCCCUGGAAUUGACAACCUCCUGGUUCUUCUGAUCGGUGGAAUCCCCAUCGCAAUGCCCACUGUCCUCUCUGUGACGAUGGCUAUCGGCUCCCACAGACUAGCUCAGCAGGUUGGUGAAUGCGACGCUGUACUUGACUUCAUUUUUUGAUCCGGUAGGACCACUAAUGGGAAGCAAUCUCUUGCAGGGAGCGAUUACUAAAAGAAUGACUGCUAUAGAGGAAAUGGCCGGCAUGGAUGUCCUGUGCAGUGACAAAACCGGAACUUUGACCCUGAACAAGUUGACUGUUGACAAGAACCUCGUUGAGGUAAAACGAGAUCAUGUUGCUGGUUUACCAUGGCUCUAAGCGUUUUUCUUUUUUCUUUUUUUAAAAUCUAUUCUCCUCCUGCUUACCGUCGUUUCUUUGGGCCUUCUUCAGGUCUUCGCAAAGGGUGUCAACCAGGAUACUGUUAUUCUGAUGGCCGCAAGAGCCUCACGCACUGAAAACCAGGACGCCAUAGAUACUGCGAUAGUUGGGAUGCUUGCCGAUCCCAAAGAGGUAUGAUACGUUCAUGUUGGUAAAUUUUCUUUGAUGUAUUUUAUCUGUUCUUACGAGGCUUCAUAUUUCUCCCAAAGGCCCGGGCUGGGAUUCAAGAGAUUCAUUUUCUCCCUUUCAAUCCAACUGAUAAGAGGACUGCUCUGACUUACAUAGACACUGAGGGGAAGAUGCACCGUGUCAGCAAGGGCGCGCCGGAGCAGGUAACGAUCUUCUUAUGGGUGCAGUCCUCUGCUUCUUCUAUUUAUUGCCAUGCGACUGGUUGUCCCAUUUCAGUGUCUUCUCCACUCCCCCCCCCCUGUUCUAGAUCCUCAAUCUUGCUCACAACAAAUCAGAGAUUGAACGAAGGGUCCAUUCUAUCAUCGACAAGUUUGCAGAGCGUGGGCUCCGAUCACUCGCUGUUGCAUACCAGGUAGAACUCGUGGAUUCCUGAACCACCUCUGUUCCUGUAUUCUGCUUGCUAGGUUUUACAUGCUUCCACUUCUUGCAGGAAGUCCCAGAGGGAAGGAAAGAGAGUCCAGGAGGACCAUGGCAGUUCACCGGUCUUAUGCCUCUCUUUGACCCUCCCAGGCACGACAGUGCGGAGACCAUCCGAAGGGCCCUUAACUUGGGAGUCAAUGUCAAAAUGAUCACAGGUGAGCUUCCAUUAUGUGGGUUCAGAAUUCAUCGGUCUGACACACCAUUUAUGAAACUUUAUCCAACGUUCUUAGAUUCUAUUAACCGAGCAUUUCAGAUAUAAACAAAUAAAUAAGUAAAUUUAUAUACCCCCAGGUCUCCAGUUUUCUGAUGUUGUUUACAGAUGUAUUUCCCUUAUCGUAGAAAUUGGGAGAGUUUUAUGGGAUCUAUACCAGCUGAACGAUGAGUCUGUGCUCAGUUAUUUGUCCCAGGGGACAGCACCUUGCUCUCUUCAACUUUGAUCCUUGCCCAGGAAUGCGAUCAUAGGUUUUCCGUCUUCAAUCGUCUCUCUGAUAGAAGCUCUCCUGUUUUUCAGGCGACCAGUUAGCAAUUGGAAAGGAAACAGGACGCCGUCUGGGGAUGGGAACGAACAUGUAUCCCUCGUCUGCUUUGCUGGGCCAAAAUAAGGACGAGUCUAUUGCUGCUCUGCCUAUUGAUGAACUGAUCGAGAAAGCCGACGGAUUUGCUGGAGUUUUUCCAGGUCUCUCACGAAUCCCUUGUGUGAAUCUGCUGACUUGAUCGGCUUUAUUGCACAUUUUGGUCUGAAUUUUGUUUCUCUGAGCAGAGCAUAAGUAUGAAAUCGUCAAGCGUCUGCAAGCGAGGAAACACAUCUGUGGAAUGACGGGGGACGGGGUUAAUGAUGCUCCUGCUCUUAAGAAGGCAGACAUUGGAAUAGCAGUUGCAGAUGCAACGGAUGCAGCUCGUAGCGCUUCGGAUAUCGUUCUUACAGAACCUGGCCUUAGCGUAAUAAUCAGCGCCGUCUUGACGAGCCGUGCCAUCUUCCAGAGGAUGAAAAAUUACACGGUACGCUUUGUGUGUCAUCUUUAGACCCAGUUAUAGUUUUUCAUAAUCACCGAGUUUGACUUUUUCUUGGCUGCGGUGAUUCUGUUUUGUUUUGUUAUUUUUGCAGAUCUAUGCUGUUUCUAUUACGAUUCGGAUUGUGGUAUGCUAUGAUCUCUUGGCCAUUUUAUUUUAUUUUAUGGAUGAAUAAGAAGAUGAGAUGAUUCUGUCAAAUGGAGCCCCCUUGAGCUAUUUUUCUUUCUAUCGAUGAUCAAUCUUUCUUGCUGGCCGUCGUACUUCUUCGAAGAUAACCGGUUUAUCCGUUGUUCCAAAUAUCUGUGAUCGCAACAGCUCGGCUUCAUGUUGCUCGCGCUCAUCUGGAAGUUUGACUUUCCACCCUUCAUGGUCCUGAUAAUCGCGAUUCUUAAUGAUGGUCUGUAUUCGCUCCUUGAACCCUACUAAUUUCUCAAGUUUUGGAUUUACGUUUAUACUCCUUUGUUGUGCUCCUAAUCAAUUUGACGGCUGCUUCUAUCUUGUUCAGGCACCAUAAUGACGAUAUCGAAGGACAGGGUGAAGCCCUCCCCGCUCCCCGACAGCUGGAAACUGGCAGAGAUUUUUGCCACCGGCAUCAUCCUCGGCAGCUAUCUGGCGAUGAUGACUGUCAUCUUCUUCUGGGCCGCAUACAAGACUGACUUCUUCCCGGUGAGGGUCCCCGGGCCGAGCUCAACGCCGUGUUUUUUUCCCCUCUCUCCGUCCAUGAUCUGUUAUUCGUUAUAAGUCAACGGCGGCGUACCCAAGCUUUCAAGUUUCAUGUUCUGCAGAGGAUAUUCAAGGUAGAAAGCCUUCAGAGGACAGCUCAGGACGACUUCCAGAAGCUUGCUUCCGCCGUCUACCUGCAAGUGAGCACCAUCAGCCAGGCUCUCAUCUUCGUGACCCGGUCGCGGAGCUGGUCCUUUGUGGAACGCCCGGGGUUGCUGCUUGUGACUGCCUUCUUCGUGGCUCAGCUGGUUCUUUUCUUCCCCUCUCCCCUCCCAACGCUUCCGCUGAAACCCACCUGCCUAAACGAAGUCAUCUCCACUCUCUCACUUUCUCUCGCUCGCAGAUUGCUACCCUGAUCGCCGUGUACGCGGACUGGGGAUUUUCUGCUAUCAAGGGGAUCGGAUGGGGAUGGGCCGGCGUGGUCUGGCUCUACAACAUCAUCUUCUACCUUCCCCUCGACCCCAUCAAGUUCAUGAUACGCUACGCCCUGAGUGGGAGGGCGUGGGAUCUCGUCAUCGAGCAGAGGGUAAGCCCGGCACUCUCGAUCCCCGCCUGUUUAGACGGCUGGUUCUGUAUCUAACUCAGGCUUUCUCUCGUGCCUGCCGCCGCAGAUCGCCUUCACCCGGCAGAAGGACUUCGGGAAGGAAGCCCGAGAGCUCAAGUGGGCUCACGCCCAGAGGACCCUGCACGGGCUGCAGCCACCGGACACCAAGAUGUUCGGGGAGAGAACCAGCGUCACCGAUCUCAACCAGCUGGCCGAGGAAGCCAAGAGACGAGCCGAGAUCGCCAGGUUGGGAUGGAAAAUUCUCGUCAACCCGCUCCUUUCAUCCGCCGCCUCUGCCUCUCUGCUAAAUGCUGCUCCUCUUUCUUGAUUUUUUUUCAGGCUGCGGGAGCUCCACACGCUGAAGGGGCAUGUGGAGUCCGUGGUGAGGUUGAAGGGCCUGGACAUCGACACCAUCCAGCAGUCCUACACCGUGUGA